GUCAGCCUGCCGAACAUGUUUUUGGAAAAACAUAACCUCACAUUAUUAAAACUAUUGAUAUUGUUUUUUGCGUAAAUAGGUACUUUGUAAUAUCGUUUACAGGUCUUAAAAAAAUGGCCAAUCGCACAAGAAAUGUGCCUAACAUUUUAAUAACAGGCACUCCAGGUGUAGGGAAGUCCACUAUUUCUCGACUAUUAGCAGAGAAGACAAAGUUUACGUGGCGAGAAGUAUCAAAACUGGCUGAGGAACACAAUUGUCUUGAUGAAUAUGAUCCGGAGUAUCAGUGUCCCUUCUUGAAUGAAGACAAGUUGCUGGAUAUAAUGGAAGGCAUGAUGGCCAAAGGAGGAAACAUUGUGGACUACCACGGAUGUGAUUUCUUCCCUGAGAGAUGGUUCGAUGGAGUAUUUGUCGUCAGGGCCAACAACACAACACUCUAUGACCGUCUUACAGCCAGAGGUUACACAGGCAAGAAGUUAGAAGACAACAUACAAUGUGAGAUCUUUGAGACAUUAUUAGAGGAAGCACAGAGCUCGUACAAGCCAGAAAUAGUGACAGAGUUGCAGAAUAACACAGACGAGCAAUUGCAGACAAAUGUUGACACUAUUGUUGAAUGGAUAGAGAGAUGGAAGGAGGAGAAUUUAUAAUAAACUUGGUUGUAAGACUGGCUGGUUUUAUUUUAUGCAGUCCAUGCUAUGAUGUAUGGCUAGACAUAGAAAAUAAAACAAAAAACAAUGUAAUCUUUUUUGUAGAUAAUGUGUUAAACUGCGUUUUUUUGCCACAAUGGAAAUAAUGGUAUAUAAUUUAGAAAAAGUGGCAGUGCCACUAUUUCCAUGGGAAUAGUGUGAUAUACCGAAAAUGGCCCUAUGGCACUAACAUAAUAUUUUGUUGUCUUAAGUUUCUGUAAAGGUUCAGGGCAAAAGGACGGAACCAGAGUAUUAUUUUCCUGAUAUUUUGGUACUUUCACAUACUAAAUAAGAAACUGGAACAAUAAAAUGAUUAAGCUGUUCUAAGAACAAUCUAUAGAAUGCUAGUGGAGCCCCGUGUUGCUCUUGGGCUCAUCAUCACUAAUUUAAGAGCCACGCUCUUGUAGGUGUAGCCUUCUCCGUGCUACAUUUUUAGGGAAAAAUAGGGUAAUGGUUUCCCUCUUGCCUUCCACACUUUUGCUCUUGGGCUAGCAAACAAAAUAAAAAAUCUGGUUUAUGAAAAAGUCUUUACUUCACUCUAGUGUGAGAAUUUGCGGGGAAUGAAACAAAAGAAAAACGGGGUUGGAAUUGUUCUCCAACUGAUGUUGGUAGUGGGAAGAAUUAUGAUGAAAAUUAAUAAAUAGUUGAUAGUCAAAUUUCAUUUCUAUAAACCCAUUGUUUUCGAACUUUUCAGGGUUUUGUUUCGAUGCGGUGUUUUAGUUGUGUUUAAUUACUUUACUGACACUAGUAUUACCUAAGUAUGGAUUCAAUAAACGAAAUAAAAUCUUUAGAAUAAAAUAUAACUAAUGAUGACUUGUUAAUGAUGAAUGAUCAACUAAUAAUAAAUGAAAACUGAAUUAAAGGACAAAUAAAAUACACGAAUUAUAAAUACAACCUAAUUUAUUCAUCAUCCCACUGACAUAUAAAGAAAUGCAUUCGAAAUUACUGUAUUUAGAUCAAUCUAAAAUAUAAAUCUCGCUCAUGGACAUUUGGUGCCGCUAAUGAUACAAACGCUUAAGUAUACAACUGGCAGGUCUUGGCACCAACUGUGCAUGAACCAGAUACACUAUAUAUACUAGGAGACUACAACACUACUGAACAUGGUACCGAUAUGAAGACCAAUCCCGCUGGAAUGUGACAAUGUAAACAAAAAUCCGAAAAUAUAUAAGUGAAUACACGCAAAAAAAGUUUCUUUUCCUUUCUUUCAUUCAAAACGGCGCUGGAUGUGUGUAUAACCAAUUAGGUCUUGAUAGAUUGUGAUGUUACGCAAGUUUUUACAGCUUUGUUCAGACUUAGCA